AUGGAUUUUGAGCUUUGCGGAGGGGCAGGUUUGGGGGAUCCCUCCCUGCUUCCUCGAUGCUUUGGGGCGCACUUCGCAGCCUGCGCGGUGUCUGUUGGCACAUUGGUCGGGAUGCUGCUGGGUGGCGUCUUCUUCCUUGCGCUGAGGAGGUGGUAUCGCCACGCUGGCAGUGAAUUCUGCAAAGCCUGGGGCUUGAUCGACAACUACGGAGACGAGGAGCUCCUUGCCGCCCAGACCGACGGCUACCAGCAAGCACCGUAA